GCAACAGACCAGGGAGUUGGUGGUGGAGGGCGUCGUGAGCUCAAGUCUGUCCCCUUCAUCAACUACCUGUUGGCUCUGCAGAAGAGCCAGUUGUUGUCUGAUGACAUGGUGAAUGGUGUGGACAUCCGCUGCGAGGAGAAGGGAAGUUGUCCAGCUGGCUGCCACCUGUGCCGUCACCAGGCCUUGAUGGGAGGCGCGUCAGGGAGAGGCCGCAGCGGCAACAACAGGGGGGGGGAGCAGCCCUCUCCAAUCCCUGUCCUGCUGGAAGUCAGCCGUGUUGUGCCCCUUUACAGCCUGGUCCAAGACAACGUCACCAAAGAGGCCUUCAAGAGUGCCACAAUGAGCUCAUACUGGUGUGCCGGAAAGGGCGAUGUCAUUGAUAACUGGUGUCGCUGCGACCUGAGUGCCUUCAACAAAGAUGGCCUGCCUAACUGCAGUCCUCUCAAGCAACCAAUUUUGCGCCUCGCCCCUUACCUGGAGCCCUCAAGCACAACUGUUGCCCUGGAGUGGAUGGAUGUGGAACCUCAGAUUGGUUACAAAGUUUCCGACUACAUCAUCCAACAUAAAAGAAUAGAGGAUCCCUCAGAAGCAGAAGUCUACACAGGUAGAACAUUUUGA